UUACUAGUUUCUCCUCUCUCUCUCUCUCUCUGCAUCCGCAAAUACAUGGAGGACCGACAACAACACAACCACCGUGGAUUGAGCUUCUUAAGCUCCGGCGACUUCAUCCGCCACAAAGAUCCUCCCCUCAAGGAAAUGGAUUUCUUCUCUUCAGGUAAUAAUAAUAAUAAUAAUAAUACUAACAAUACCAAUGGUACUAAUGAUAAUCCUCAGCAAAAGCAUGAUCAGAAUCAAGAUGGCCGUAACAGCAUCACCAACGGUGGAUCAUCAGAACUCCUUACUGAUCAUUCUGUAAACAUUGGGUUGAAUUUAACGUGUGCAAGUGCUGGAAUUUCAAGAGAAGCAAAUGUUCAAAAUCCUGAAACUGAGAUGAGAACACUUGAAAGUGAAUUGCGGAGACUACAAGAAGAGAAUCACAAGUUGAGAAUAGUGCUGGACCAGAUCACCAAAAGUUAUAGCCAACUACAAGCUCAACUGUUCAUCACUAUGCAGAAACAAAAGCCUCGUCAGAAUAUGGAAGCAAAUGGGAUGGUGGUGUUGGGACAAAAAUUUGUGGACCCACGGAAAUGCACGAAAUUAGACGUCAAUGAAGCAUCGGUUUCUGAUGACAAGACUGAUGGAGAGGGUUGUCGUAAUCCCGCAGAAGAUGUUCCUGACCGGUCGUCCUCACAGAGUUGGAACUCAUCCAAAAGCCCCAAGUUAGAAGAAUCCAAAACUGGAGAACAAGUUGCCGGUGACCUUCCUUUCAGAAAAGCCCGGGUUUCCGUACGUGCAAGAUCAGAAGCUCCCCUGAUUAGCGAUGGAUGUCAGUGGAGGAAAUAUGGGCAAAAAAUAGCAAAGGGUAACCCUUGUCCUCGUGCCUACUAUCGUUGCACUAUGGCCGUAGGGUGCCCAGUCCGCAAGCAGGUGCAAAGAUGCGCAGAGGACAAGACAGUGCUGAUAACAACUUACGAAGGAAAUCACAACCAUCCUCUGCCACCAUCUGCUACUGCAAUGGCAAAUACAACUUCAGCAGCUGCGGCUAUGCUCUUAUCAGGUUCAUCCUCAUCAACACUGAGCAAGGAAGCGUUAACAACGACCUCUGCAGGAUAUUUCUCUUCAAUCCCUUAUGCUUCAGUGGCAACCCUAUCAGCUUCUGCACCAUUCCCAACUAUCACACUAGACUUGACCCAGAACCCAAGUGCCAUGCAGCUGCACCAAGCACAAUACCCAGGGGUUACAUUCCCUCUGCCAUUGCAUCAUGCAGCUGCAGCUGCUGGUCCUCAACUACUAGGGCACCCUUUGUUCUUCUCUCAUAAGCUACCACCUGCAGCUUUACCCCUAUUUCAACUAGGACAACGACAACCUUCAUCUAUGGUUGAAUCUGUGAGUGCAGCCAUUGCUUCGGAUCCGAACUUCACUGCAGCCUUGGCCGCAGCUAUCACGUCGAUUAUUGGGGCACCAAUAGGGAGUGAUGGUAAUAAUAAUAAUAAUAUUAGUAACAAUGGAAGUAAUAUAGCUCUUAAUGGGAUACCUGAAUUGCCUGGGUCACCUCAGCUUCCUCAUUCAUGCACUACAUUUUCCACCAACUAGCUAGCUUGCUAGGGUGUGAAUUUUGAGCAAUUCUAUAUAUAUAUAUAUAUAUAUAUAUAUAUAUAUAUAUAUACUUUCUCUAUGUACAGAAAGAGGAUAUUAGGCAUGCGGUUUAAUUUACUCUUUUUACUAUUUAAUUAUAUGUAAGCAAAUUAUAAGCCACCUCUGAGUUC